GAGUUGCUCAGGGUGAUGAGGACAAUCGAUGACAGAAUCGUCCACGAAUUAAACACUACGAUUCCAACAGCUUCCUUUGUGGGGAAAAUUGAUGCUGGCCAGACGUGUAAAGAGCUGUAUCAGUCUUUGAUGGAUGCUCACACCAGCAGAGAGAGAAUCAUCAAAAACUGCAUCGCUCAGACUUCCAGCAUAGUGAAAACUCUCAGAGAAGAGAGGGAAAAGGCCCAGGAUGACGUAGCAUUAUUAAAGCAACUCAGGAAGGAGCAGACAAAGUUGAAAUUGAUGCAGUCGGAGCUGAAUGUUGAAGAAGUGGUAAACGACAGAAGCUGGAAGGUAUUUAAUGAGCGUUGCCGAAUUCACUACAAGCCUCCGAAGAGUCAAUGAUGUGGGGUAUUUUCCAUCAAGGUGGUCCAUAACCAUGAGAGCCAAACUGGAAAGAGACCUUGGGUGAGCUGUAUUGGGACCCUCCAGAACCAGUAGAACCCAGUCUUGUUUUGUUUUGGACCUACUUAGCUGAAAUCUCAAGGUUGAAAUGAUUUUCCUGUAAUUAAGAGAAAACAACUCAUCUUUUGUACAAAAUAUGUGAACAAAUGAGUUUUAUAGUAUUAAAAUAAUUUUCAAAUGGAAUG